CCAUCAGCCUUUCCAUUCAAUCACUUACAGUCGUUGCUUCAACCCCAUUCCUUUCAAGUCCAACUCCCCCCACACACUUUAACCAAGUCCACCAUGAGAUCCUUCAUUGCCGUCGCCUACAUCCUGGCUGCUUUCGCUGCCGCUACCCCGGUUGACCUCCAAGCCCGCCAGAUCUCUUCCAGCAGCGUCCAAGCUGCUUCAGGCCACGACGCGACACACCAGAGCUCAACCAACAGCAGUCCAUUCGGAUUUUCCCACCAGGAGUCCGACAGCGAGCACUCCUUCAACCAAUACAGCUCGGUGACCAACUCCAUGGCACCCGUCUUCGGCACCAUCGGUCAGAUCCAGAACUUGAUGUCCCAGGGCAGCUUCUCCGAGUCCUCUGCCAUGAGCUACAUGACCCGCCUCGUCCAGCAACUCCAGCCUGCCUUCGACGGCAUCCGGGGAUGCAACUGUCUCCAAGACCCCACCGUUGUGUCCUCCUACAACAGGAUGUUCAGCCAGCUCUACCAGAUCUUCCAAUUCUGCCAAUCCCAAUACGGCCAGAACUUCAACCAGCUCGUUGCCCCCUUCGGCGGUCUGUUCAACUCCUUCUCCCAGUUCCAGUCCGAGGCUCACCAAUACCAAUCCUUCAGCCAAUUCUCCAACUCCUUCAACCCGUUGGUCAGCAUGCUCGGAAGCGCCAACCCUUCCUUCAACACUCUUGGCCAAUUCUAGAGACUUCUUUCAUCAUUUCCCCCCGCCCGGUGAUCCAGGUCUCUUCUUCUCGCUGCUCCACAUGUCUUGUGUCUUCAUAGUCUUCGCGAAGUAGUCCAAUCCCUUUCUUUCAUUCGUUUGAUCUUUGUCUUUGGUUUGUUACCGUUGUGAUCAGUCUCUUUCCCAGUCAGUGCGAUGGGUUUGUUGUCCCCUUGAAAACCUUGUUCCGCCCGUUUCCCCACGCACACUGUCCAUUCGUUGCUCCUCGUCGGUUGGGAUCGUAAUAGCACCUUUCAUUGAACAACACACUUUGCGUCCUCACCAUUUUGAACAUCAGCUGCAUAGCAAGGAAUAUGAGAAACACCUUCAUGUGUCGC